UGUCCGUUUUGUUGAUAGAGGAGUAACUUGUGCUGAGAUUCUAAUCAUGUACAGAAAAAGUAGUUGAUGACAGCUCAUAGUUACAGACACAACACCUCUGUACUGUGUUUCCGAGCGACCCCCGGUCCUCUGCCCGCUCAGUGGAGCUCGCUUUCCUCGCCAGGUUAUCAAUAUGGCCUCAUGGAUUAUUCAGAUGACUGUGAUGCUGCUAUCUGUCUUCAUUAGCAGCAGCCAAGGGAAGAGGGACAAGGUGCUCUACUGUUCUGCAUGCAAGGCGAUUGUGGAUGAACUUAACCACUCAAUCAGUCAGGUGGACCCAAAGAAAACCAUCAACGUGGGCAGCUUUCGACUCAACCCCGACGGAACCAUGACAGACAAAAAGGUACCUCUGGCUCGCUCAGAGACUCACCUCAGUGAGCUCCUGGAUGGUGUGUGCAACAGCAUGAGCGACUACGCCCUCCACGUGGACCCUGACACCCAGCAUAAGCAGUACAAGAGGUUUGCACCCAGGAGCAGCGGGGCCACCGGGGACUUCCCCGACCUGAAAAAUUUCCAGUUCACCGGACUCGAGGAAUCCAAUCCUCUGAAAUUUGCAUGUGAAACGCUGGUGGAGGAGCUGGAGGAUGAUAUCAUCUCUCUGUUCAGCCAGGACUCCGAGCAUGUGCACGAGGAGUUAUGCAACAGACUCUCAGAAUACUGUAACGACAGCAGUCACGCAAACGAGGAGUUAUAGAGUUUCAGAUCGUCAGUGGACGAAGGCGGGACCAGAUUACAAAAAAAACAACCUUUAAUAAUUUUUGACGAAUACUGGGUCUUUUUAUAAAUAAAUAAAAGAACUAAUCUU